GCUGCGGAUUGAGGAAAUAUCAUGGCGCGGUCUUUCCUAAAAUUUUCCGAACGUAUCAUGAUACUUACCGGAAUUUGGCACCCGGCAUUGAUUACUGGAAAAUCCGCGCUGCAGAAAUUAUACUUGACCUAUUACGUCUUCGUCAAAUUGUAUUUCGCGUUAUUUUUCACUUCUGCGUCUAUGGAAUUAUUUCUAAGCGUGGGACCUGGACGUUCCAGCCCCAGAUUGUUCAAACAGCUGUCCUAUAUAAUUCCUUCAUUAAGCAUCUUCUACGCUAAGAUUGCUUGUGGAACCGUUAAUUUUCGACGGAUCGUGUCUUACGUAAAAGAAAAAGAAAAACUCUUCUGCAAUUGCGAAGACGAAGACAUUUCAAACCUACACUCGCGGUGCUACCGUAUCGCUAGAUUGGUGAAUAUGAUCUUGAUUCUGACUGUCGCCAGUACCGGGAUAGCUGUUGUUUUGGAAAAUCUGUGGCGCAACAUCAACACCUUACCCUACAACUCUACUAGCGAAAUCGUAUCCAUCAUCGAGUUGCAUUAUUUUGGAAUUAGUCGCAAACCUGCGAUGGUUUUCGUGCUUCUCGAGGAGUUUAUGUGCGUGUUCAACACUACCCUGACGCUAGCGACCAAAAGUAUUACGCUUACCUGCGUGAUAUUCGCGGGAUACGCUCUGAAGGUGCUACAAAUCAAGUUCAGGAAUAUCGGACAGGACGGGGACGUCAACUCGAGCCUGAAUCAUGUUAUUACCCAGCACCAGGACGUUACUCGCUACAUCAGUCGCUUAAACGACUUGGUAAAGUACUUAAUUUUGAUCGAGUACGUGUUAGAAUCAUUGAACGUUGCCGCUGUCUCGGUAGGUCUAGUCACAAACGGAUCCCAAACAGUUCUGUCAUCGGUAUCGUAUCUGAGCUACCUUCUACUCCAGAUAUUUCUGCUGGGUUGGACAGCAAACGAGGUAAAGGUUCAGAGCAUCGCCCUGUCAGAUGCGUUGUACGAAUGCUCCUGGUAUGAACAGAACGAAUCAUCAAGAAAAGUAUUGCUGCUGAUGAUCGCGUUUACACAGAAGCCUUUGAAGUUGACGAUCGGUCCAUUUGACGCGAUGACGUUGCAGUCUGCUCUAACGGUGAUCAAGGGAUCCUAUUCAUUAGCGGAACAUAUUAUGUUCUUCAGAGACGAGACAAAGAAAACCACUCCAAAAAGAGACCUUGCAUAUUUUCCAUUCGUCCCUCCCUCUUUCCGGCUUUUGAUUGAAAAGCUCAAAUUUAAAAUAAAUAAUAACAUAAUAAAUAAAUUGCAAAUGAUUCCAGUGUAUCCAUAUGUGUUUGAAUACAUUACUUCCUGAUAUAGAAAUACAAGUUCUCAUAACUAGGAUAUAUAACUUUUUCCAUUUUAAGAUACGGUGAUGACGUUUACAACUCAGUAUUUAGUCUACCCUACGAUUCGCUGUUUUCAAUUUUAAACCUUGCCUUUACGAGUUUGCGAAUUGUUCUCUCAUCAAGAAUUAAAAUAGCAAAUAUGCAUCUAACAGAACCUUUCACCACUGAUAAAGGACUACGACAAGGCUGUUGCUUAUCGCCAACAUCGAUGUAAGAAUAGAAAUGGAAAUAGAAAAAGACAUUACGGAGGAAAUAGAAACGCGACAACUGGUAUGGUUUGGACAUGUAAACAGAAUGACAGAUGAUAGACGGCCGGAACGAAUUUUAAAAUGGACUCCCCCGCAGAGACGAAAACGUGGUCGACCAAAGCACAGUUGGAGAGACGAGAUGGAAGAAGCAAUGGCAGCAAGAAAUAUUAAUCCGGAAACCUUUUGCGAUAGAUAGAGCACGGAGAAGCGAAGACAAUCGCAUUAAUCCGUUAUCAGAUUAACGUCAUUGGCGUGUUUACACGCUACUUGUUUAUAGCGACAUCUUGGUAACAAUGCACACUAGAUGUCACAAUGGUUGUCUACAGUAAUACUAUAUAAAACAACAAAUAACAUCUUCCCUUUUUAAACAUUAAACUAAGGGAAUUAUCAAAAGGUUAGCGUCAAUUUUUCAAAGUCAAAAUCCUUAUUCGCUAAUGGAUUGCAUUCAUUUAAAGAACUUUUUAAAUACCAUCUAACACAUUGUAUGAUCUAGGAUUGUGUGCGACGUUAACGAGUUUACUACACUCCCACGAAUAAUUAUUGUGGUUAAAAACCGAUACAUUUCGAUUAGGCUCCAAGGGCUUUAAAUUCUUAGCUGUUUUAUUAUAAUAAAGUUUAGUUCUAACUGCAUUAAACUUUCAAAUAUAUCUUCGCCCUCUUCGAACGCUUUUUAACCAUUGCUUUACUAAUGUCGACGGCCUUUUCUGCAAGGCCAUUUGGUUUAGGAUAAUGAAAAUUUUUAAAAAUAUAGCUAUUAAAUAGAAUAUUAUCUGCAACUAUUGUUUCUGGGAAUCCAAAUUUAGAAAAAAUGCAUUUUCAGCAGAUUUAUUUUUUUAAUGACAUUUUCUCUAAGCGGUUAGAGUAUGAAUCCAUUGCUACAAGAUAUGAUACGCCGCCACGGACGAUCUGUAACUCGAUACGACAUUAGGCUUUCAUUUUCAUUUCUAUUAGCAUACUUUUCAUACAAUUGUUUUCAAUAUCUUGAUUAGUGAGAGGCCAGUAAAAAAUUUGUCGAGCACGAGCUGUGAAUUUUUCAAUGCCAAGGUGCCCUCUAUGCGGUUUAACUAACAUCUCAUGUUUGAGUUGGUUAGGCACCACCAAUUUAUAACCGUAAAACAGUAAGCCGUCAGAAAUUGAUAAUUCAUCCCUAAAUUUAGUGAAGAUUGGUAAUUGAUAAGUAAUUAGUGAGAGAAAAUCUUGAGAAAAUUCAGUGUUUAAAUCAGGUUCUUUUAAAAAUGCUCUGAACAAAGUAUCUGUUAUAUGCAAAUAUAUACCUGGUUUAUAUGAGGUCAUAGUCUAAUAAUUGAAGCAGUAUUCGCUGAAGUCGUGGUGAAUAAAGAUUUUUCUGCUUUUAACGGUUUGUGAUCUCAAUGAACCUGUAUAUCUUUGACACCAUAAAUAAAAUAAUGAAACUUUUGACUGCUAAAUAAAAUUGCCAAAAUUUUCUAUCCCAAUUUGAGCAUAAUUGCACUCACUUUUGGUUAGCCUCCUAGGAUUUUUUGCAACAGGACUGAACCAAGGCCAUCCUGAUCAAAAUAUGACAAAAUUGUAAUUUUUGCUAAUAAAUGUUUGAGUUCCCUUAAGGAUACAUCAUGUUCAGUUGUCCACACAAACUGAAUAUGACAAAAUUGUAAUUUUUGUUAAUAAAUGUUUGAGUUCCCUUAAUGGUACAUCAUGUUCAGUUGUCCACACAAACUGAAUAUGACAAAAUUGUAAUUUUUGUUAAUAAAUGUUUGAGUUCCCUUAAUGGUACAUCAUGUUCAGUUGUCCACACAAACUGAAUAUGACAAAAUUGUAAUUUUUGUUAAUAAAUGUUUGAGUUCCCUUAAUGAUACAUCAUGUUCAGUUGUCCACACAAACUGAAUAUGACCAAAUUGUAAUUUUUCUUAAUAAAUGUUUGAGUUCCCUUAAUGGUACAUCAUGUUCAGUUGUCCACACAAACUGAAUAUGACAAAAUUGUAAUUUUUGUUAAUAAAUGUUUGAGUUCCCUUAAGGGUACAUCAUGUUCAGUUGUCCACACAAACUGAAUAUGACAAAAUUGUAAUUUUUGCUAAUAAAUGUUUGAGUUCCCUUAAGGGUACAUCAUGUUCAGUUGUCCACACAAACUGAAUAUGACAAAAUUGUAAUUUUUGUUAAUAAAUGUUUGAGUUCCCUUAAUGAUACAUCAUGUUCAGUUGUCCACACAAACUGAAUAUGACCAAAUUGUAAUUUUUCUUAAUAAAUGUUUGAGUUCCCUUAAUGAUACAUCAUGUUCAGUUGUCCACACAAACUGAAUAUGACAAAAUUGUAAUUUUUGUUAAUAAAUGUUUGAGUUCCCUUAAUGGUACAUCAUGUUCAGUUGUCCACACAAACUGAAUAUGACAAAAUUGUAAUUUUUGCUAAUAAAUGUUUGAGUUCCCUUAAGGGUACAUCAUGUUCAGUUGUCCACACAAACUGAAUAUGACAAAAUUGUAAUUUUUGCUAAUAAAUGUUUGAGUUCCCUUAAGGGUACAUCAUGUUCAGUUGUCCACACAAACUGAAUAUCAGUACGGGUCAAAUUUCGUAACGGAGCCGUAACCUUCGACAUAUUUGGUGUAAACUUGCCUACAAAUUUUGACAUUCCCAGUAGUCUCAAAAGAUCUGUCUUAUUUUGAAGUCGAGGCAUGUCAAUAAUUGCUUUAACAUAUGAUUGACAUUGUUUAACACCAUCUUUUGAGAAUACUUCACCUAAAAACUGAAUUUCACUUGAUCUAAAUUGAAUUUUGCCCCUAUUAAAUGUGAUAUUAUAUUUAGAGGCUCGCUCUAAUACCAUUUUUAAAUUAUUAUCAUAUUCAGCUUCGGAAUUUCCAAUAAUAAUCAGAUUAUAAAAAUAUAUAUCUACUUUAUGCAAGUCACCAAGAAGCUCAAAUUUUUUUUUCUGAAAUACUUCGAGGACGGACACUAUUCCGAAAGGUGGCCUGCAAAAUAGAUAGCGACAAAAUGUACAGUAAAACUAAUUGGUCAUCUAUUUUGACUUGAAAGUGGCCAUUUUUUAUGUCUAAGACCGUGAAAAAUGCUUCAUUACUCAGUUUGCUAGCAAUUAUGUCGGCUGUCGGAAUCAGGAAAUGUUCCUUUUGAAUAUUUCCAUUUAAUUUUUUUGGAUCCAGACAUAACCUCAAGUCUCCUUUUUUUUUUAUUAACGACCACCAAUGGAUUAAGCCACUAGGUUGGCUUGUCGACUUUCCUAAUUAUGCCUUGACAAUCGAAAUCAUUCAACUUAAUUUUGAUUCUUGAGGUAUACAGCAUCGUUUUUGAACACAAUUUCGUGUUCACCUGGAAAGCACUCUAAUACUCAAAUAUUUCUCAAUAUCACUAAUAUUAGGAAAUAUAAUUCUACAACUGUCAAUUUGCAAUACUUUCAAAUCUAAGCAGCCUUGUAAUGAAAAUUAGUGUAAUAUUACUCUUAGUAGAUAAUUGCCUUACUUCCUAUUCCUAUAUCCAGUUUCAAUGUUCUUUUAUUAUUCCAGGGCGAACAUAUUAUAUCAGCAGAACAAUCUGAAUCAGGUUUAGCGGUAAAUUUCGCUUCUAAAAUAUUCUCUGGUGUCUUGAUUGCAGCAGCAUGCAAGAGUCCUCAGAUUUUAUCUAUCAGAUCUAGUUUUUGAGAUAUGUUAUAUUUGUGAAUUUAUAUUUUUUGAUUGUGUAUAUUUUAUGUUAUAACUUUUAUAUUGCUAUUGUAGUUAAGUAUUUAUCACAAAAACUAGAUUUACCUACAUUUGUAUUUAAUUAAAAUAUUUAUCUUAAAUUGCCUUCUAGAAUAAAUUUUCUUAGGGCAGUGGUCGGUCGUCAUGUGUCGAUUUCAUCGUUCUUGAUAACAAUCUUCCAUAAUGUCCUAAGUUUUCUGGGAAGCGAUCUAUGUGGCUGUGGAGGUAGUCAACUCUUAUAUUCAUGUUACAACCGAGAAUAUUAAAAUUUGAAGGCAUACUUUUCACUAAUUCUAUGUAACUUUUUGUUUUAUGAUUACCAAGAACAUUUUGUACUAUUAGAAUAAAUGAACAUCACGCCUUAGGAUUCAGUAUGGAUUGAAUUGAGGAUGUUGACCAAGUUGCCUUAUUUGAGUAAUGUAGUAAGUUAAACAUAACCAGCUUUUAGCUUUUCUUACAAAUAGAUUUUUUUUCUAUCGAAGACAUCACGCUGCCCAAUCAAUUUCAGUUAUACAGGGUGUCCCGAAAUUAGACGUCAAUAUUUUAACCACGUAUUUUGCGACUCAAAAUAAGGAUAAAAGUUCAUAUAAACUAGGGUCCAAAACGUCUCGUUUUUAAAUAAAAUUUGGUACAGUUACUAAACUCCAACAACACAAACAAAUGAAAGGCUUACUAAUGAUUAUCUGCACCUCGAUUAUAAACAAUAAAAUAAAAAAAUAAUUUGAAAUUAAAUUUUCAAAAGCAAUUUUCUCGAAAACUGUGUGUUCUGGCGAGAUACGACACAGAAAACUUCAAAACAAACAAACAAAAAAUUUGGGCCAAAUUUUUCCCAUGCCUCCCCUGUGUUACCCACCCCUGCAGAUAAUCCAUUACUAACUUAUAGUUCAUUAAAUAGAGCCUGAAAAAUUUAGUAACUGUACCAAAUUUUAUUUAAAAAUAUUUACGCGUUUCGAAAAUAUUUACAAAAAACCGCCAUCACCUCUUCAAAUUUAACACCCUGUAUAUUAAAAACUAAGACGUUUUGGACCCUAGUUUAUAUGAACUUUUAUCUUCAUUUUGGGUUACAGAAUACGUGGUUAAAAUUUCGGGAUACCCUGCAUAUUAGACUAAUUAUUAUUUGUAGAGUUUUUGAUUUUGUUACUCUGUGUUUCCCUUUUCCUACCAUCAACACAUCUUAUGCGUACGUGACAUAAUAUAUCCGGUUGAAGAUGAAGCGUUGAUGAAGAUGAAGCAAUAUUAAAAUUUCAUUAUUAAAUUUGAUACGAAAACAGUCUGUUGUGUGUCUC